AUGUUUAGCAAAGAAUUCACAGCUGUGGGGCUGGCAGCUCUCUCUUUGGUGUCUCAAUCGCAAGCAGGACCUACCUUGGGUACUUCUCACCUCAAAGCAAGAGCUCUCUUAGGUAACUCUUUUGGUGUUCCUGGUCGCAAUGCCACUUACGACUACGUUGUAGUUGGUGGUGGCAAUGCCGGUUUAACUAUCGCCAUGAGAUUGGCUGAAGCCGAGGCUGGCAGCGUUGCUGUCAUUGAAGCUGGAACUUUCUAUGAGAUUAGCAAUGGAAACAUCUCGCAAGUUCCUGCCACUGAUGGUGUAUUCGCUGGAAAAGGUGCCACUGAUUGGCAACCUCAGAUCGAUUGGGGUUAUCAGACUACCGCACAAUCUGGAGCAUUCAACACUUCUCUUCACUAUGCUCGUGGUAAAACUUUGGGAGGUUGUUCUGCCAGAAACUUCAUGGUCUAUCAACGUGCAACUGUUGGAUCAAUGCAGAGAUGGGCCGACGAGGUUGGCGACGAUUCCUAUGAAUGGGAUAACUUUCUUCCUUUCUAUCAGAAGUCUGUUAACUUCACUGCUCCCGAUAUGAGCCUUCGAUCUACCAACUCCACUCCAGAGUUCGUUGCUGCUGAUGCUGCAGUAUUCCCAGCUACCGGUCCACUUUCAGUCACUUGGUCCCACUAUGCCCAAGCUUUCGGAACCUGGGCCAUCGAAGGUCUUUCUCAAAUCGGCGUACCGGUGAUUCCUGGAUUUUUGGGUGGAACCUUGAUCGGAGCUUCAUAUCCUACAUUCACCAUUGAUGCUGAAAAGAUGACACGUGAUUCUUCCGAAACCUCUUUCCUCAGGGUUGGUAUGAAAUCACCUGACCUCAAGGUUUACACCCUGUCCAUGGCAAAGAAGAUCCUCUUCGACGACAGCAAGAAGGCAACUGGUGUUCUUGUCGAGACUGGUGGCUACCCAUUUACUUUGACUGCCAACAAGGAAGUCAUCUUGUCUGCUGGUGUUUUCGGAUCUCCACAGCUUCUUAUGGCUUCUGGUGUUGGACCUGCAGAAGAAUUGAGUGCCAUCGGUAUUGAUGUCAUUGCUGACCGUCCAGGUGUUGGAAAAGGAAUGCAAGAUCAUCUAUUCACUGGUGUCGGAUACCGUGUCAAUGCUCCUACCAUUUCAAGACUUGUGAACGAUCCUGAGUAUGCUGCUGAGCAGCUUGAGAUGUACGAGAGCACCCCAGCUGCCGGCAUGUACACCAGCCCCGAUACUGAUGUUCUUGGAUGGGAGAAGAUUCCCGAAAAGUACAGAAGCCAAUGGAGCAAUGAGACUCAAAAAGCUUUGGCUGAAUACCCCGCUGAUUGGCCUGAGGUUGAGUACAUUGCCAUCUCUUCUUUCCUAGGCAACCAGGUCAUCGAGGGAACUGACCCAAAUGAUGGAUUCAACUAUGCAACAUUAGCAAUCGCUCUCGUCGCUCCUCGAUCCCGCGGAUCUCUUACCAUCACCUCCGCCGACACCAAUGUUGCUCCUUUGAUUGACCCGGGUUUCUUGACCGAGCAAUCUGACGUCGACAUCAUGGUUGCUUCAGUCAAACGUGUCCGUGAAUUCUACGCCACCGAUGCCCUUCAAAGCUUCGUCAUUGGUGAUGAGUACUUCCCUGGAUCUAACAUCUCGACCGACGCUCAAAUCGAAGACUUUGUCCGAACUAGUUUCAACACUAUUUGGCACGCAACAUCGACCUGCGCCAUGGGUCUGGUCAAUAAUACCAACACUGUUGUUGAUACCCAAGCCAGAGUUCUUGGUGUUUCUGGCGUCCGUGUCGUUGAUGCUGCCGCUUUCCCACAUCUUCCUCCUGGACAUCCUAUGUCCACAGUCUAUGCUUUCGCUGAGAAGAUUGCUUGCGAUAUCAUUGGUUGUUAA